AUGGAGUCCAUUGACGUCGACGUGUUAGUAUGCGGGGGAGGGAUGUCAGGUAUGGCAUGUGCCGCUUUCGCAGCACAAUCAGGGGCCAGAGUGUUAGUUGCUGAGAAACAGGGUACUGUGGGUGGAUCGUCCAAUUACUCUGCAGGCAUGUUCUGGGCCCCGCAGACGUACGACAAAUUGAGGUCCUGGGUCCCAGAUGGAGAUCCAGAAUUGCAGCGUGCAUGGCUAAGUGAUUACCUCCCGGCAGUACAAUGGAUGCGCGAAAAUCAAGUGCCUACAGCCGAGCGAUUCGAUGGAAUCAUGACAAUCGGAAUUGGCUUCCCGAUCCAGAUCUCUCACCUCCACAGCCUUCAUCGCAAGCGUAUCGAGUCAAGCAAGGCCGGUUCUGGCAUUUGGACAAACACAUCAGUUGUCAAACUCAUCCAGAAUAGCCCUUGCGCUCCAGGCUCACGCAUUAAUGGCGCCAUUGUUUGUUGUGUACAAUCCAGUGGCCAAUCCACGUCAUGCUACGAGAUCAAGGCCAAAACGGUUGUCUUGGCCACCGGUGGUUUCCAGGGUUCGUCGAGCCUGACAGCCAAGUAUCUGGGCCAGGGUGGGGACAACAUUUUCCUGCGUUCGAACAGGGGCUCUGUGGGCGAUGGGUUGAAUCUAGCCAUCGGAGCAGGAGCAGGGACAAGUAGGGGCAUGAACACCUACUAUGGUCAUCUUAUGGCUGCUCCUCUCCGAUCAGAUGAAGUGGAACCCAAGGACUAUCUUCCACUAGCACAGUAUCAGAGUAGGUAUUGCUUGCUGCUCAAUCAGGGUGGGCGUCGUUUCGCGGAUGAGACAACUGGUGACGAGAUAAUUAACCAGUACCUUGCAAAGCAAGAGAAUCGACGUGGAUUUCUACUGUUUAACGAGAAAACCCGCCUUCAACACUGUGUAUCUGCUUUAUUUCCAAAUGCAGGGGAUGUCGACCGCCUCCAAAAGGCUCAUGAGCAUGGAUGUAAUGUCGGAGCUGCAUCUACACUUGGUGAACUCAUCGAAAUUCUCGCACAAUGGGGCGUGGACUGCGUCAACGCCAAGAGUACGAUUGAGAAAUAUGAUAGAGUGAUUCGCCAAAAAGGAGAGAAUGAACUAGGGCUCGACGCCCCUGUUGGCCGGGGCGGUUUACCUCCAGCCUCUUUGGUGGAGGGCGAUGGUCCGUUUUAUGCCAUAGAAGUGCAGCCAUCGAUUACGUUCACCUAUGGAGGAAUAAAUAUCGACAAGCAGGGCCACGCCCUCACUGCAAACAAAACCAUAAUACCGGGUUUGCUUGUUGCUGGCGUCGAUGCUGGUGGUUUCAGCAACCUGGGAUAUGCUGGCGGUCUUGCGCUCGCUUUUGUCACCGGUAUUUGGGCAGCAAGAGAGGUGGCACGAGAAUUGGGACUCCCCCUACCCCGUCUUCCAGUUCCAGAUGCAAGAGACGCUGAGACUAAGCCAAUCAAGGAGCGUCUGUGA